AUGGAGUUUUUUCUUCCGAAUCUCUGUUUUCAAAGAUCAUUUUGGUUCUUGAUUUCUUUAGUCUUCCUGCUGCUGCUAAAUAGUGGAUUAGUGUUAUCUGAUCCCAACUACUUAAUUGGGCUUGGAAGCUAUGACAUCACUGGACCAGCUGCUGAUGUUAACAUGAUGGGUUAUGCUAACACAGAACAGAUUGCUUCUGGGAUUCACUUCAGGUUGCGAGCUCGUUCUUUUAUUGUGGCUCAGCCCCAAGGGAACCGUGUUGUGUUUGUUAAUCUUGAUGCUUGUAUGGCCUCCCAACUUGUCACUAUUAAAGUUAUUGAGAGGUUGAAGGCAAGGUAUGGGGAACUUUAUACUGAAAACAAUGUCGCUAUUAGUGGCAUUCAUACUCAUGCUGGUCCUGGGGGCUAUCUGCAGUAUGUUGUGUAUAUCGUGACAUCUCUUGGAUUUGUGCGUCAAUCAUUCGAUGUACUUGUUGAUGGCAUUGAGAAAUGCAUAAUUCAAGCUCACGAAAAUCUCCACCCUGGAUCGAUUUUUGUGAAUAAGGGAGAGAUCUUAGAUGCUGGUGUAAAUCGCAGCCCUAGUGGAUAUCUUAAUAACCCUGCAGAAGAGCGCAGCAAAUACAAGUAUGAUGUUGACAAAGAAAUGACUCUUUUGAAGUUUGUAGAUGCUGAGUGGGGCCCAGUAGGUAGCUUCAAUUGGUUUGCGACCCAUGGAACUUCUAUGAGUCGUACAAACUCUUUGAUAAGCGGGGAUAACAAGGGAGCGGCAGCACGAUUUAUGGAAGACUGGUUUGAGCACAAUGGUAUUGGAAACUCAUAUUCUGAUGAAAGUCUAGCUGAUGGAAUCCCUCGAAGAGUCUCAAAUAUUAUCCCAGACUUGCAUGAUAAUCACCAUGAGCUACUGGAGCUUGCAUCAUCCUUCCAGUCUUCUCCCGGCCGACCAGCAACCAAGAUUCUUAGUGUUGCAAGGCGUGUCAGGGGUGCUCUGAGGCAGGCUGACAAACCUGGAUUUGUGUCUGCAUUUUGUCAAUCAAACUGUGGUGAUGUUAGCCCCAAUGUGCUUGGAGCUUUCUGUAUAGACACUGGACUACCUUGUGACUUCAAUCACAGUACAUGCGGUGGGAAGAACGAAUUGUGCUAUGGCCGAGGGCCAGGUUACCCUGAUGAAUUUGAAAGUACCCGUAUUAUUGGAGAGAGGCAAUUCAGAAAAGCUGUGGAUCUUUUCAACACAGCAUCUGAGAAAUUAAAUGGAAAGGUUGAAUAUCGCCACUCUUUUGUAGACUUCUCCCACCUGGAAGUGACACUUCCCAAAAAGGGAGGAGGUUCUGAGGUAGUAAAAACAUGUCCUGCUGCAAUGGGUUUUGCAUUUGCUGCUGGAACAACAGAUGGACCUGGAGCUUUUGAUUUCAAGCAAGGAGAUGACCAGGGAAAUGCCUUCUGGAGACUGGUGCGCAACUUAUUAAAAACACCAGGAAAGGAACAAGUUGAUUGCCAGCAUCCAAAGCCCAUCUUGCUUGAUACUGGUGAAAUGAAGAAACCAUAUGAUUGGGCACCUUCAAUACUUCCAAUCCAGAUUCUCCGUAUAGGGCAGUUAGUCAUCCUCAGUGUACCUGGAGAAUUUACAACCAUGGCUGGGAGACGUCUUAGAGAUGCUGUCAAGACAGUGCUCAUGAGUGGUGGGAAUAAAGAAUUUAAUAGUAAUGUUCACGUCGUUAUAGCAGGAUUGACUAACACCUAUUCACAGUACGUGACCACCUUUGAAGAGUAUGAAAUGCAGAGAUAUGAGGGUGCCUCCACACUCUUUGGUCCGCACACUCUCAGUGCCUAUAUUCAGGAGUUCAAGAAGCUUGCGACUGCUCUCGCUACGGGCCACUCUGUUGAGCCCGGUCCACAACCCCCUGAUCUUUUGAAUGAGCAAAUAAGCUUACUUACACCAGUUGUAAUGGAUGCAACCCCUCGUGGUGUACACUUUGGUGAUUGCAGCUCUGAUGUUCCCCAGAACUCCACUUUCAAAAGAGGUGACACAGUCACAGUAGUUUUCUGGUCAGCUUGCCCCAGGAAUGACCUAAUGACAGAAGGCACAUUUUCCCUUGUGGAGAUCCUCCAAGGUAAGGAUAGUUGGUUCCCAGCUUAUGACGAUGAUGAUUUUUGCCUUCGUUUCAAGUGGUCAAGACCUUCAAAACUAAGUACUCGUAGUCAUGCAACCAUAGAAUGGAGGAUCCCUGAACCUGCCAGUCCUGGUGUCUAUAGAAUAAGACAUUUUGGAGCUGCCAAGGGCCUUCUAGGUUCUAUUCGCCAUUUCACCGGUUCUUCUAGUGCUUUUGCUGUAACAUGA